CGCUCCUUACCUGGAGCUCCGGGCUGAAAUAUGAGGUUUUCUCUUUGGCCAGUUGCUUUGUAUGCUUUGGCCCUUCUGUCUUUUCUGAGUCAAUGUGCAACAGCAUUGGAGAGACACUACUACAUUGCUGCAGUUAACAUUAAUUGGGAUUAUACAACAAAUGGAACUCAAAGUGUUGGUCCCAUCUAUAGAAAGACAGUGUACAGGGAAUAUGACCCAGGUUUCAAAAAGGCUAAAACAACUCCAUGGUCAGGGCUGCUGGGACCCACGCUCCGUGGCCAAGUUGGUGACACCAUCAUUGUCACUUUUAGGAACAUGGCGGAUCAUCCCUGUAGUAUCCAUCCACAUGGUAUUGCUUAUGGAAAACAGUCUGAAGGAGCUUUAUACUUUGACAACACGUCCCAGUUUGAGAAAGAGGAUGAUGUCAUAUUUCCUGGCAAAGAGCAUACAUACUACUGGGAGGUAACUCCAGAGGUGGCUCCACAUGCUGCAGAUCCCCCGUGUGUCACAUACACAUAUUUCUCACACAAUGAUAUUGUCAAGGACUACAACACAGGCCUGAUUGGUACACUGUUAAUUUGUAAGACUGGCAGUCUUGAUGAGUCUGGAAAGCAGGUCCAUUUCCAUCAGGAAUUCACACUGUUGUUCGGGGUGUUUGAUGAGAGCAACACCUGGUACAGCAAAAGGGAUGCACCACUUCAGGAGAAUGUGAAAUACACAAUCAAUGGCUUCACAAAUGGCUCUGUCCCUGAUCUUAAUGUGUGUGCACAUUCCAAAGUAACCUGGCACUUGAUCGGUAUGAGUUCUGAGCCAGAGCUUUUUUCUGUGCACUUCAAUGGCCAGGUUCUACAGCAGAGUGGGCACAAGGUGUCUUCAAUCGGCAUUAUCAGUGGCACAGCUACCAGUGCAGAGAUGGUGGCCAUCUACCCUGGUCGCUGGCUUCUCUCUUCUCACAUUAGCAAACACUUGGAAGCUGGGAUGCAUGGUUUCCUGAAUGUUAAUACAUGUGAAGAGUUUAUUGCACCAAAGCGAAAGCUCACCAUCCAACAAAGGCGAGAGAGUCAAGAAUGGAUUUACUACAUUGCAGCUGAGGAGAUAAUUUGGGAUUAUGCCCCAAAUUUGCCAGAUAAUGUGGACAGGGAUUUUCGGUCCACGUACUUAAAACAGGGUAUAGGACGGAUUGGUAAGAAAUAUAAAAAAGCUGUGUUCACCCAGUAUACAGAUGAGUCAUUUAAAGAAAGGGCAGAACAGAAACAAAGGAAGAAAGAGUUGGGAAUUCUUGGUCCUGUGAUCAGAGCACAGAUCAGAGACAUAAUAAAGAUUGUGUUCAAAAACAAAGCAUCACGUCCAUACAGCAUGUAUCCUCAUGGAUUAACCAUUGAUAAAGCAGCAGAGGGAGCCAAUUACCCCGAGGGAGGGUACCAGAGCCAUGCAGUGCAACCAGGGGAGACUUACACAUAUGUGUGGCGAGUCAUUGAGGAGGACGAACCAUUAAACAGUGAUUCAAGAUGUCUGACCAGGAUGUACCAUAGUGCAGUGAACACUCCACGAGACAUUGCUUCAGGCCUUGUUGGGCCACUUCUCAUCUGCAAAAGCCAAUCCCUCAGUACCAGGAAUGUCCAGCUGAGAGCAGACAAGGAACAGCAUGCUAUGUUUGCAGUUUUUGAUGAAAACAAGAGUUGGUACCUAAAUGAAAACAUCAUCACAUACUGUGGUGAACCAAAAAAUGUAAAACCAGAUGACCUAGAGUUCUAUAAAUCAAAUGUUAUGCACACAAUCAAUGGUUAUGUUUAUGAAAGUGGCCAGGUCCUGGGGUUUUGCAAUGGUGAGAUUGCAACUUGGCAUGUGUCUAGUGUUGGGGAACAAGAUGACAUCCAAACAGCCACAUUUUAUGGACACACAUUUGAGCUGAACAACAAAGAGGAGGACAUCCUUAGUCUGUUCCCCAUGACAGGAGAGACAAUCUCCAUGAACAUGGCUAAUAUUGGAGUUUGGCUAAUGGCAUCACUGAAUACACACGAGACUCAAAAAGGAUUAAGAGUGAAGUUUCAGGAUGUUGAAUGCUUUAGGGAUUACGUCGUGGAAAAUUCUUACAAUUAUGAUGAUUAUGAUCCAGUACCAGAGGUACCAGAGACCUUCAGUGUGUGGAAGCCCAUAGAUGAGACAGUAUUAAAAAAGGAGAAAUCAAAAUCAAAGCCAAGCACAACUGCUGUUAUUGAUCCAGACUCUGAUGAUUAUGCAGUUCUUCUUGGUAUAAGGUCACAGAAAUACACAAGUGAAAAUGAUAUGGAAGAGUUAGACCUUUCUAUCUUAGAUACUACUGAUGAUACGCUACUUCACACUGAUGUGACCCAAAACAUAACCCAUUUUGGGUUUGAAUUUGAUGACAACAACCUUACAACAAAAGCUGUUCAAAAUGAAAGCACAAUCGAGUCACCGAUCAAAUUAUCUCUGGAGUCGGCACCUGCUAACUCCAGAAUCAGUGGAACUAACCGUAUCACCACUUUUCCCCAUAACGUCUCACUUCUACAAAAUACUGAUGGUGAAAUCACCUCAGAGAACAAACACAAUACAUCAUUAGUAACAGAAGAGAUAAGGCCUUUGCUAUCAACCCAAACCUCAAAGACUCAUAAAGAGAACGUAACAGAGGCAGAGACCCUGGAAUUCUUAAUGAUGAACUCUGUGGAGGUGGUAGAUGACAAUGACAGGUCAAGGGACAACAUAUUUAUUUACAGUGUACCUGCUCCUAACUCUCAUAUUAGCAUUACAGACGUUGAAGAUAUGAAAGAUUUUGUGCUACUGGAUAAUGUUGAACGAAUAGAAACAAACAGCCAUAAGCAUUUAGUUGAGUACAACAUCUCACCUACAGAACUUCCUAACAACAGCAUUUUAGAACAGCUUGAGGAUGCCCAAGAAUUAAAUCAUACAAAUAAGAACUCAGAAUCAUUAUAUGAAAUAAGUCAAGAAGUGAAUAACCCGAAAGUAGUCUCAGAUUUUACACUGAAGGUCAUUCAAGAAUUGAAUGGCACCCAAGUGGACUCUGAAUUUUCAGUGGAUGAAGCUAAAAAAUUAAAUAACACCCAAGUGGACUCCGAAUUUUCAGUGGAUGAAGCUAAAAAAUUAAAUAACACCCAAGUGGACUAUGAAUUUUCAGUGGAGGAAGACAAAGAAUUAAAUAGCACCCGAGUGGACUAUGAAUUUUCAGUGGAGGAAGACAAAGAAUUAAAUAGCACCCAACUAGACUACACAUUUUCAGUGGAGGAAGAGAAAGAAUUAAAUAGCACCCAAGUGGACUACAAAUUUUCAGUGGAGGAAGACAAAGAAUUAAAUAGCACCCAAGUGGACUCCGAAUUUUCAGUCAGUGAAAAUAAAGAAUUAAAUAAUACCCAAGUGGACUUCGAAUUUUCAGUUGAUGAAGAUAAAGAAUUAAAUAAUACCCAAGUGGACUCUGAAUUUUCAGUGCAGGAAAACAUGGCCAUUUUGGCCAAUUCAGAGCAGUUUACACCAGAAAAGAGUCUUAAUGAAGUGGUCAUUUACCUAAAGGACAGUAACAACACUAUGGUCAUUCUCACCACACCUUUGGAUACACAAGCAAAGAACUGGAGUUAUGACAGCAAACAUGAGCUGGUGCCGGUGAAGUUCGCAGAUUACAUGAACAAAUACAUAACAGACAAGCAUCCAAACAGUGCCAAUGAAGAGAAGAAAAAAGUUCAUCUACAAAGGGUGACACCGAUGAAAGGGUAUGGCAUGAAGACAAAAAAAAAAAAGGCAUACAAACCGCAACUUCGUAGUGACAUCUCUCCACGAAGCUUCUCUCCACGGGGUUUUGCUCCUUCUCAGUUAACACCAAGGACUACCAAGCCCAACUUCAGUGAAGAAGACAUACUGCCAAAAGCAAUAGUCAUAGGAAUUCCCAGGAAUGACUUCAAUGACUAUGAAAUAUAUGUUCCUCGUGACGAUCUGGAUUUUGAUAGUGAGAACACCCAUGAUGACAAAGAAGAAUAUGAAUAUGUUGAAUACAAAGACCCAUAUGGUAAACCGCCUCAAACAGAAACUGAUGUACUUGAUGAAGUAACUAAAUAUUCCUUGCAAAUGGCUGGCAGCAAGACUAGGGUCUACUUCAUUACUGCUGAAGAAGUUAACUGGGAUUAUGCAGGCUAUGGACAAAGGAGGGAAGAUAAAGCCUCAGUGAAGGAGAGGCCCACGCUGUUCAAGAAAGUGCUCUUCAGAUCAUAUUUGGACAGCUCCUUUACAACCCCAGACUCUCGUGGAGAAGUCGAAGAGCAUCUUGGCAUCAUGGGUCCAGUCAUUAAGGCUGAAGUUGAUGAAACCAUAUAUAUAGUGUUCAGGAAUCUUGCCAGCCGUCCAUACUCAUUGCAUGCAAAUGGGGUGUCAUAUAGCAAAAAUAUGGAGGGACUGAAUUAUGAAGAUAACUCACCUUACUGGUACAAGUAUGAUAAUGCAGUUCAGCCCAAUUCAACUUUUACAUAUAUUUGGACAGUAAAUGACAAAGUGGGGCCAUUAAAUGAUGAAUCUCACUGUCGAAUAUGGACCUACUACUCUGGCGUAAAUCCUGAGCGAGACAUCCAUUCUGGACUGAUUGGGCCACUUCUGAUUUGUAGGAAGGGCACCCUGGCUAAAAAUCCAAUAGACACACAAGAAUUUAUGUUACUUUUUAUGACAUUUGAUGAGAACAAGAGCUGGUACUAUGACCAAAACCGGGAGAUUCUCAAGAAGACAAACCAAAAAGCAAUGAUGGACCCAAAUUUCAAUAACAAUAUCAGAUUUCAUGCUAUCAAUGGAAUUAUAUACAGUCUUAAAGGACUUCGCAUGUAUGCUAAUCAGCUAGUAAACUGGCAUCUUAUAAACAUGGGCUCUCCAAAAGACUUCCACAGCAUUCACUUUCAUGGGCAAACCUUUUUUAACAAGCAUAAAGACCCCCAUCGUCAGGGAGUAUAUCCACUUUUACCAGGAGGUUUUGCAACUCUGCAGAUGAUGCCCUCAAAGCCAGGGCUCUGGAUGUUGGAGUCUGAGGUCGGAAUCCCCCAGCAGAGAGGGAUGCAGACACUAUUUUUAGUGUUAGACAAUGUAUGUGGCCACCCUCUUGGUCUGAAUUCUGGAGCUGUUAAAGACAGUCAAAUAACAGCAUCAGAUUCUAGAGGCUACUGGCUUCCCAAUUUGGCCAGACUACACAAUACAGGAAAGUACAAUGCAUGGAGUACAACAAAGCAAGACCAGUGGAUUCAGGUAGACUUCCAGCGGCCAGUGGUGAUCAGUAAAAUAGCUACACAGGGAGCCAAACAACUCUUCACAUCUCACUUUGUUCUGAACUACACAAUCUUCUACAGCACAGACCGCAAAAGAUGGAGUUGGUAUAAGGGAGACAGCAAGACUUCAAGAAAGAAUUUUGAAGGCAACAGGGAAGCCCAUGAAGUGAAGGAGAAUAUAUUCUUCCCACCUAUUAUUAGUCGUUAUGUGAGGCUUUACCCCUCUCAUUCAUAUAAUUAUCCAACUGUUCGCAUGGAAUUCUUUGGAUGUGAGUUAGAUGGGUGUUCUGUACCCUUGGGAAUGCAGAAUGGAAAUAUAAGAGAUUAUCAGAUCACCGCCAGUUCUGUUGCUUCCAACUGGUAUUCUAGCUUGUGGCAGCCUUGGUUGGCCCGUCUUGAUAAACAAGGAUCCAUCAAUGCUUGGCAAGCCAAGAGUAACGACAUGCAGCCAUGGCUCCAGAUAGAACUAAAUGAUGUCAAGAAGAUCACUGGAAUUGUUACCCAGGGAGCAAAGUCAAUGAAAACAGAGAUGUUUGUAACCACUUAUGUUUUAGAGUACAGUGAUGAUGGCAAGAAAUGGAUCAAGUACUCAGAUAAUGAGGACUACGAAAUAAAGAUAUUCAUGGGAAACUCUGAUAACAAUAGCCAUGUGAAAAAUUAUAUCUACCCUCCAAUAUUCUCCAGAUUUAUCAGAAUUUAUCCUAAAAAAUGGCAGAAUGCUGCCACCAUGAGGAUUGAACUACUGGGAUGUAAUUUUGAAUAAUGACCAUUUAUCUUUGUUUCAUCCUUCUGUACUAAGUCCAUACAUUUUGGAUAUUCAUUUUCUAUGUUUGAAUCUAAUGUUUGCCACUGAUCAUACUAUAUUAAAAUGACCAAUGCAGAUCAGAGAA